AUGAAUAACUAUCAUAUUUACGAUGAGAUAGGAAAAGGCAAGUAUUCAGUAGUGUACAAGGGAAGAAAGAAGAAGACUAUUGAAUAUAUGGCAGUGAAAUCAUUGGAGAAGAGCAGACGGACAAAACUUUUGAAUGAAGUAUCAAUUAAUUUAAAUGAAUCAGGUGAAAAUGUUCUCUGGUCUUAAACACCCGAACAUAUUGAAGUUUUACCAUUGGUAUGAGACGCGUAAUCAUCUCUGGGUGAUUUUGGAGUAUUGUCCAGGAGGCGAUCUGAUGGCACUAAUUGAAGCGGAUUAACAAGGCUUACAAGAAAACAUAGUGUUGCGUUUCGUAAGGGACAUGGCUGCAGGAUUAAACUAUUUGCAUUCCAAGGGCAUAAGUGAGUCAUUUGAAAUUAAAUAUAGUCUAUUGCGAUUUGAGACCAUCGAAUGUGUUAUUCAAUGAAUACGGAGUAGCCAAGCUCAGUGAUUUGGGAAAUGCAAAGCGUUUGGUGGACAUGAUAUCAGCCACCAUAGGUCCAGAUGUUGAAAUGUCGAAAAGAGGAUCGCCCUAUUACAUGGCACCAGAAUUGUUUCAUGAGGGUGGUGUGUACAGUUUUUAAAGUGAUUUAUGGGCUUUGGGAUGUAUUGCAUAUGAAUUGUGUAUUGGAUAACCUCCAUUUCAAUGCAGCAGCUUUACUGAGUUGGUUGAGUUGAUUUUGAAUGCAGAAGUGAAACCAUUAGAAGUCCAAUGUUGGGAUUUUAUUAAGGGGUAAUUCUUAUGAUUUAGUUUCUAGAUUGCUAGACAAAGACCCUCUAAAAAGGUGGGGAUGGGAAAAAAUUUGUAAAUUCCUUAACAUUUAAUAUUUGAAUGUGCCAUCUCAACCACAUUUUGAAACUUGGUGUAAAAAAAACAAUCUUGUCAGAGUGACUCCUGUUCAAUAGAAUAAUAAAUAGGUGGACAUUGUAAGGUUGUCCUUGAAUGUCCACAAGAACAUGUUAAGGGAAGAUGUACCCAGUAGUUCUCAAUAACAACAAUAUCAUAAAUAGGCUAGCAGCAAUGAGAAGGAUUUCAAGUUGACGAACAAAGACCAAGAAAUAUUGAUAGGAUCAGAAUAAUAAUAAGAAGAUGAAGACAUUGAUAGACAGCCAGAGGAAUUCUAAACUAAUGUUUAAUCAGAUUUGAAUUCUAUCAAUUCACCGCAUUUACAAUAGAAACCAUUCACUAUUAAAAAGGAUUCAGUGCAUCCAUCCACUUAGAGUCUUCUUAAUUAGUCACCUAUCCCAGGGGGAAUCACUCCUCAAUAGAAGAAGGCAAAUGAAAAUGAUUAAUUGACUCCUAUUGAUUAAUUAUUCACUCACAGUUCUGAUAAUUCAGUCAAACCUAUAAUUGGCAAUAGAGAAAUUGAAAAAUCAAUUGAUGCCACUUUUGCAAAGGAAUCAUUACCUUUUUAAUAUAUAAAUGCAGAUGAUGUUAAUAGAAAUAUCGAAACAGAUUAAAUCGAAUACCACUUCGAAUAAAUUUAUAAUUCUUUACAAGUAUCCAAAUAAUAGGAAUAAUUGAACAUUCUAAAUUAUUUCGAAUAAAUUAUCCAGACAUCCAAUGCGGCAAAUCGUUUAAUAAACUCAGCGUAUGUUCAAUUAUUGCUGAAAUUAUUAACAGUAAGCAAAUUAACUUAAUUGAAAUAUCGAAUUUGUUGUGUUUUGGGAUUGUUGAUUCGACAUGCUACUGUAAUCGAACCUGAGGUUUCAUAACAUGGAAUACCAGAGGCUAUGGUGGAAAUACUAAAUUCAAAGGAAUAAAGUAAUGUUAGGAGAAAAGCAGCAGCAGCUUUUGGUGAAUAUUUAUUUUAUGGUGCCACCCAAAUGGAAGAGGAUCCUUAGAAUCCCUAUUGGAAGAUGAGUAAUGUUAGCUACAAUCAAUUGAUUAAGGUCAUUAAGUCUUAGAAUGAAGAUGAAAUUGGUAAUAAUGUAAAACAAUCUAAUUAGUCAAAUUCUAUUGUAUCAAAACCAUUGAAAACAUCUCAUCCUAAUCAAUAGCAAUUGGAUAGAGAUUUGCAAAAUCAGAAAUAGUUUUGAUGAUUCUACAAUGCUUUUUGUCUACCAAGAACGAUAGUUUAAGAAUUAGUUGUGCAAUCACCUUAGCUAAUCUGCUGAUGUUGGAUAAUCAAUAAGUUGAUGUGUUCAUGCAGAGUCUUGGAUUAAAGAGUUUAGUCUAAGUAUUUAUGUCAUUUUAAUAAGCCUAGAUAUUUUUGGAUAAUCUGCAGAGAGUGUAAUAAGCAAUGAUCACCAUAUUCAAUAUUCAUCUACUGCAAAGUGUAAGCACUCAAGAUUCAUCAAGCAAUAAUGUAUCGUAAUUGGCUUCGAAUGCAGUCAACAAAUUGUUAAUGGAGGAAUGUAUGAAUGAAUUUAUUAAAUAAUAGCUUAAUUAAUAAAAGGAUUAGUGUAUUUAUUGGAUCACGGUAAUGCUGUCAGUAGAGGAAAGGCAGCUAUUGCACUGAUGUUGAUGAUUAAAUUCAAUAUCGUCACUCUUAUCAAUCUAUCUGAAGAACAAUUAAGAUUUUAUUAAAUUCUAGAUAAAGGACUCAGAGACAGUAAUGAUUAUUUAAAAUAAUGCUUGUAACAUCUAGUACAAUAACUAUGUGAUUGCACUCCUAUUAUGAUCACUUAGAUUAAUCAAUCAUUGACUGAUUCGUAAUUGAUGGAAUACUCUCCAAAGAAAACUAAUGGCAACUAUUUAAAUGUGUUAUUCCAAUACUCACAAACUCCAGUCUUACAACAAUCCUUAUUUUCCUCUCAGUAUUUACCAAUCCUAACAGAAUUAUUGUCAUUAUCAAAGAAUAAAACUCAAAUUCAAACCACCCUAUUGAAUAUUAUGUCCAAGAUGUGUACUAACUCAAAGAUUUUGAUUAAAUAACAAUAAGUAAUCAUUUAACAAGUGCUCAAAAAUUGCAUUGAUUACAUGGUUAAGCAAUAGAGCACUGAAACUAAAUUUAUGUUUUUGAAAUUGAUCAUAGAUCUACUAAGUGCUCUAUUGCAGGAAGAGGGAAUCUAUGAUUACCCUAAUUUCUUGAAGCCUUACUCUAAUGAAUUGAAUAAUAUCAUAAUUACUCUCAUCCUCCCUUUGCUAAAGGAAUUAUUCCAAGAAUAACCUCCCUUACCAUUUUAUGCACUCAAAUUAGCAUCCAUUCUCCUAACUUACAAUUCCCUCUUUCUCCCUCAUUUUAAAAGACAUGAAGUCCUCUAGGCUAUAUUAGAUAUGUACAAACCAGAUAGUAAUAAUAUCACAGGCCACACUUUGAAUAUCAUUCAGAAGAUUGUUGAGGGUAGUUCAAUUGAAGAUCUCAAACAAUUUCAAAUCAUAGGUAUAUAUGAAAUGAUAACAUUUAGAUAAAUCAUUGCAAAUAUUUGUGUAAUUUACAAAAUAGAAGUAGGAAUGGGCUUUUGAGGAUCUCUCCUCCAUUAUGGUAGCAAUCACAAGCAAAAUAAUAAAUGAAUUACAAAGAGGGAAUAAUAAGGUAGUGGUGAGUCCAGAUAAUACUUUGAUUCCUCAGCCUUUCCCUCAAGAAUUCUUAUUUUUUUAAGACCAAUUUUAUUUCACUCUUUAAUAUGCUUAACAAAUCAUUAAUAUUUCUACCCCAGGAUGUCAAUUGACAUUGUUAACUUAUAUGUUGCAUUUGACCUAUUUUUAUCCAGGAAAACUAUCAUAAAUAAGGUAGCAGUUGUUCAAUUAAUUAAUACCAUUACUAUGUCCUUAAUUAAAUAAGAGAAUCAUCAAAUUAUUGCAUUGGGUGGUUGUGUUGAAUGAAUAGAAACCAUUUAAGAUAGAAAAGAAAGAAAUCUUAGUUUAGGUCUUGGAAAAGUAUCAGAAGGAAGACAAAUCUAUUGCCAUUGCUGCAAAAGACUUGAUGAAAUAUCUUCUUUGA